AUGGGAGACCCAGCGAGGAUUAGGGACGCCUUUGCUGCAGCAAGCGAGUUUUUAAACCCAGUUCUUCAGCGAGAUGAACUACAGAAGUCUCGGGGCAAGUCGCUGAUAAGUAUUCUGAACCAGAAUCUGCGUGAGCCUUCAUCAGAAGACGCGACUGCCAGAGCAAGUGUUAUCGCCAAGGCAUUGGAAUUGCUCUCCCAAAUCCAUGUAGCAUUUGUCAGUCCCGUAAGCGAUGCAGACCAGACGCCUCGGAACAGUGAGGACCAAGAAGAUCCAAAGCUAGAAGAUGCAAAGUGCCGCCGCAUUCUUCAUGCUCUUCUGGACCUGGUUUCCUUGGAAGGAAUCUAUCCUUCACUUUCGUCUGGAGUAGGAAUUCCCCUCCAAAAACGGGUUAUAUCCGUCUUGCCAGCAGGUGUCAUUGCUCAGCAGGAUACACCUGCACACGAUAAGCCUGAGGAUGCUUCUGUACUGCGUCACAUACUAACGACUUUAUCCGACAUUAUAUUCGAUGCUCGACCUAGCAUACAGCCCGUGAUUAGUGGUCGCAUUCUGAGUGAUAUAAUAAGUGCAUCGUCAGAUUUAGGCUAUAACCCUAAUAUUUCACUGGGCAAUGAGCAAUCUCAAUAUCGCCAAAUUCUGACCAGAAUUAUUGAAGACACACCGAGCUACAAUCUAUUGCCUACAUUGUCCGCCUUUCUUCAAUCGAAUCCGUCUCCAUGGUUUAAGGCAAUCAUUACCGGGCUUCUCUCUCGGGUACCUUUGCGUGAAAAUGGAGUGCUUCAGACGAUUAUGUUCCUCGCUUCCCAACUUGCGCCGUCCCUGGGACAGGAGGCCCAGGAACAAGUUUCCAGUGGUCCGCAUAUCACCGUAAGCGCCAUUAUGCACGCUUCGCGGUUGCUCUCGUCUGUUCCUCAGGGAAUGGAAGCGAGUGACUACUUCAAUGUCAUAGGGCCUCAAUUGCUAGCAUUGAUCGAUGGAAAUGAUCCAGAUCUGCGAAAGGCUGCUGCAUAUAUUGUGGGCAACGGAAUCCUCGGUAAAAAGACGUACGGUGCACCCGGAACGGUUGGGCAUACAAUAUUCCUGGUGCCCAUUUUCAAGGCUCUGACUGGAACCCUCGACGAAUCCUCACGUAUAUAUAUUGCGCCGCCCCAAGGAGCGACAUCCAAACACAUUCUAUCCAGUGAGCCUGAAAUUGUAUUAGCAGUUGACAGAUUGAAAACAUUGGUUUUGCAACCGCCAAACCCUGGACUGGUCAAAAGAGUUGUUUUUCCAAUCCUCCUGCCGCUCUGGGGCUUGGCUUGCUUCAGCAUGCAACAGCAAAUUACGGACUUUCAUGAGAAUGUCAAGGCCAUCCUGCAGACGUAUUUUGGAAUAUCAGUUGGAUUCCUGUCUUUGAAAAAGAUUGUCGACAACUUCCUAUGGAACGGAGGCUCAACUUGCGCUUACGACUUGGAUACAUCAAACAGAAUCAUAUUAAAAAAGCCUAAAGCUGACGAAACUGGAAAUGACCUGGUUGGCCUUAUGGACUCCCUACAGUCACGAACUAAAUUGUUCAUGAGCUUACUGGAUGCCGACCCAAGUCGAGACGAACAGACAGGAGAAGUCUUCCUUUAUGUGAGCGAGGCCUGGCUUGGACAAGGUUCGAGCAAUACUCAGAAUCCUCAUAAGCUAGAAUUGUUUCCAAAUGAUGGCGGCCAUGAUAGUAUCAUGCGGAAGUUGAUUAGUGCUAAACUAGCCGAAGGGCUUUUGGAUACGUUUAAAGAUACUCUCUCUCGACGGCCUCUCAAGGUGCUCGAGCUCAUAAAGCAUAUACUAGAUGGUGAGCUCAGGACAGUGAAUGCUCAAACGAAAGGCCCGAUAGGCGACGAGACGAAAAAUAUCUCUCUUUCAUCCUUAGCCAGUAUCGUGCCAUCCGAACAGACUGAGUCGAAUGAGGCUGCAGGGAGUGACUCGGCUGAAUCGCUUCAAGUAGUGUUCAGCUUACUCUCGACAAUCCUCGCAUCCCCGGAAUUCUCUGUGUCAAACAAUACGAGUAGCAUCCUCGGAACCAUUAAAGAGAAACUUGAUCAACUUCUACCACAUUUACCAUCGUCGCUAUCAAAAUCUGGAACAACUGCCUCCAUGCUUCUCGAAAUUCAAAUAGUCUCACCCGAACAACAGGAAUCAAAAGGAAAGUCAUCUGAGAUACCGGAUUUUGAAAUUCAUCGCCGCGCCCUGAUGAAUCUCAAUUCGGACCUUCCACCAGUACAAGCCGAAGGAUUUUCGCUCCUUUCGGACCUCGUCAAGAAAUCUUCACCAAUUCUUGACAUACCAUCCACGCUAACCCUUCUUCUGUCUAUCAUAACCGACUCCUCGGAAACAGUCGCCAACGACGAAUUUAUAUAUCUUAACGCAAUCAAGCUCAUUGGCACCUUAUCUUCGAGACAUCCCCGCACUGUGGUAAAGACCUUGAUCGAGCGAUACAUAGACAGAAGCGAAAAUGCAACCCUAGACCAAAGGCUUAAGGUCGGGGAAGCCCUCCUUCGCACUGUACAGGACCUUGGCGAAGCCCUCGCCGGAGAAACGGCCAAAGUACUAGGUGAAGGGCUAAUCUCUGUAGCAGGCAGGCGUGCACAGAAACCCCAGGCACAGAAGAACCGCCAGCAAACGAUAGAGCAGGAGAGACGGGAAAAGGAACGCGAAGAGCGCCAAAAAGAGAAAGAUACUGCUUCGGGAUGGACUCUUUCGGCACCGAAGAUACUUGAGGAGAUCCUGGAUAACGAUGACGGUGAGACAGACACGCCCGAACAAGCAACCCAUUCAGCAAACAUAAUAUCCGCUUGGGCAGCUGGCUCAUCUCGCGACGAAGAGCCCGACGACCUUCGCGUUCGUGCCUCUGCACUUUCUAUCCUCGCAACAGCAAUUCAAACCAAUAUCAUAGGCCUGGGCCCCUCGAUCCUCUCAUCAGCCGUCGAUCUUGCCCUCGCAACACUAAUCCUCGAGCCAGACGAAGAAUCCGCAAUUCUCAGACGUGCUAGUGCCGUCCUUCUCCUCGACAUGCUGAAAUCCCUUAAUGACGUGCGUGAUGCUCGCGGUAGCCAAAACAUAGGGUUUGGGUUUACACUCGCCGACCAGUCGUCUCGUGCUUUUGGCGGUUCGAACGAAAACCCAAGGGGGCCCACCACGAUUGGAAACAUACCAUAUAUGCUGCGCACACUUGCCGCUGUAGAAGCUCGGGAAGCGGACGCUAUUGUCCGAGGGCAUAUUCGUGUUCUAACUGAGAACUUGGAGGCCUGGAUUGAGAAGUCGCUUCUAUGGGGUGUGGGACAUCACUCUGGGGAUGUAGGGGACGAGCCGCGUUUAGACCUAGGCGACCAGAUUGCAGGGCUACGGAUUAACCCUUUGGCUGGGAGGAGUGAACCGGAGAGGCCCAGGAUCGAAGAAAUCGAAUAG